AUGUCGUUGAAGGAGAACAUAUACCUGGACGACCAGAGCAUUGUUGUGAACGAUAGACAUGAGUUGGAGGAGAGGCACGAGGAUACUUUAAAAUCAACAGAUGCUCGGUUUCCGUACACAGUAGUCAACUCCAACACAUACCAACCUGCCCGUGUCGAAUCCACAAUCAAUGCAAGACAAGCACACGUCAAAGAGCAGCCAAUCACCAAGCCAGACUACCCCAGUACUAUUGUGCCUGCCAGCGUGUCCAGCGCCGAUGAGUUUUACGAAACUUCGCCUGUUCUUGAAGAAGAGCAAAUUUACUUCCCCACGCUCCUUGAUGAAACAAAUUACCCUGUGGUCCAUGUCCCAGUCCAGCCACAUAUGACUAGACCAUUGGACAAAUUCAGUGACCUUAAUUUAAAGAAUAUCCCCAUUGCUCAAACACCAAAAUCGUUUCCAUUGGACUCACAAGGAGCACGAGACCAGGAUGAAGUCGCCUUGUAUAACAUCAUUGAAUAUGAAAUGGAGGCCGUAGAAGAUAAAAACUCAUGGUGGUCCCCCAAAGACUGCUGGUCAAAGUUUGUUCACCGGGAGGAGGAUCCAAAAUUGACCACAGUAGAAAAAGUGUCUCUUUCACUCGCAAUUCAUCCAAGCUACCGCGUAUCACAUUUUUCAAUGCAUUGGAAUAAUUGUGGUCGACAACAAGAGCCAAGUCAUCCACCAACAGGCACUGGGACACAGCCUCAUGAACAAUGUUCCCAACAAGACUCAAAGAGAGUAAUUCAUCUUUCAAUGGUAGGAAAUGACCCAAAUUUCUCUCAUACCCCUUCGCCUCUUGUUGAUACUUUGGUGAAAGAUUCUUCACAAUCUCAUUUCUUUGAUCUUGAGUUAGUGAGUGAUCGUUAA